AUGGAUGCUACCACGACACCCGCGGAGUCCUCAAACUGUCCAUGCCUGGACGAGGUGCUGAAGUGGCUAUAUGAGCGACCCCCUUCGCAUUUGGUGUCCUAUACUGGCCCUGAGGCCAAGGCCGAGCAGACCCAGCUGGACUUGCGACUCGCUAAGAUAGCGGAGGCAGAGCCCAGUAUCAGACUGCUGUCGAUUGCCUCGUUCUUCGACGCAGACUCGAUUCAAGAAGACAUGUUCCUGGGAUAUGACAGUAUACAGCCAACGGACAACGCUAUAUCAAGCCCGCUUCGAAGAGGCCUGCGCUCUGCUACCCGCGACUUUGCCACCGUCCAAUCCGACACAAGGAUCGUGGCUCACAGCAGGCUCCAGACCAGCACGAGUCUCCCACACGUCCUUGCACUCCACUCGACAUUUUCGCAGACUCCCUACCCCCUGCGCGGAAACUUGGCCUUUGCUGGGCUUCUGUACGACGUGGGCAUGGAGUUGUGGAAGCGCGUACACAUCGACACGGGAAUGCGAGUCUUGCAUACAGCUCUCGAAGUGGUGGAGGAAACCCACGUACAACAGACCGCCGCGAGCCUGUCGCUGCGGGCGGAUAUAUGCGUCGCUCUGGGAAUUCUCUGUGGACUGAACGGCAUUGAGAGCCGGGGGUUGUCGACGAAGUAUCGCCACGAGGCUUUGCGAGCGCCCAAGUUUCCAAACUUCCAGCUCCGAAACGACAAGAUCGACACACCCGUGGUCAACGAUAUCCUAAUACAGAAUGCUCGUUCGGACCUCGCGAUGGGGUGGCUUGAAUCGGAGGAGUUCGGCCGAGCCGACAGCCUCAUUGAGGGCUAUCUGAUCGCAUAUCGAGCUUGGGAACCCACGGAAGCCCGUCUGCCUUACGAAUACGCAAAUUACUACUUCGUCAAAGCAGUUUCGUUGAUGGCGAUGGGCGAUGCCAGCCAGGCGUUGGAGAAGUCACAGCGAGCCGUCGAGCUUCUUGCGACAGUGUCCUCGGGGACCUGUCUUUAUUCGCACUAUGAAUUCACACUGGUCACGCUUCAGUACCAUGCUAGGAAUCGACGUGCAGCCUUGCGACUGCAUCGCGAGAUUCGCGAGGAACGCAAGAAGACCUGGGGUAUAUUCGAUAGUCGAUAUCUUGAGAGCUCCUCCAUGGUUGCGCGGCUCCUUUACCAUGCCAAGAAGUACGAUGAAGCAUGGUAA